AUGGCCGGCAAUUAUCCAAAGGAGAGGAAGGCCUCUGCCGAUGGCAGUAAUCACCUCGAGUAUGCCAAAGAGGAAAGUAUUGCCCAGGGAGGCAUUGACGACAUCCCCCAGUACGAUCGCGUUGAAACUCGCCGAGUCUUGCGGAAAAUUGAUUACCGACUGUUACCUCUCCUUGCGAUCCCAUACCUGUUGUCAUAUAUGGACAGAGGCAAUAUUGGCAACGCCAAAGUGGCUGGCUUGAACGUCGAUCUCGAACUCACAGACAAACAAUACAAUAUAUGCUUGAUGGUCUUUUUCUUCACCUAUGGACUUUUUGAGGUUCCGAGCAACGUUGUGCUCAAGUUGAUGCGGCAUUCGUGGUGGAUCGGAAUUAUAAUGCUUGCAUGGGGAACAGUCAUGACUCUGCAGGGCAUUGUGCAACAAUAUUCUCACCUCAUUGUCACAAGAACCUUGCUCGGCUUAGCAGAGGCAGGAUUUUGUCCUGCGUCCACAUAUCUUUUUACCACUUGGUACUGCAGAUUUGAGCUCCAAACCUGGAUGAGUAUCUUCUUUUCUGCAGCAUCGAUGGCCAGUGCCUUUUCUGGUCUUCUGGCCUUUGCAAUCUCCAAAAUGGAUGGUAUCGGAGGGCUUGAGGGAUGGCGGUGGAUCUUCAUAUUGGAAGGAAUCUCGACUGUGGUUAUAGGAGCUGCCAUUCCGUUUCUGCUACCAGACUCGCCCGCAUCGGCUUCAUUCCUUAGCCAGGAUGAAAAGAACUUUAUUAGCCAUCGACUUGCUCAUGAUUCCGGAACUGCUUCGGGAGCUAUCGGCACUGAUGAAACGUUCCAGUGGUCAUAUAUUCGAGCUGCUUUAUCAGACUGGAAAACUUACCUCGGAGUCCUCAUGUACUGGGGUCACUCGAUUUGCAUCUACGCGUUCAGCUUCGCAGUACCUACGAUUAUUAAAGAGCUCGGCUACUCGGCGGCAAAUGCUCAGCUUCUCACCGUUCCUGUAUAUUUCAUUGGUGUCAUAACCACAGUCACUUUAUCCUGGUUUGCCGACAAACAUCAGACCCGGUGGCCAUUCAUCGUUGGGCCAUAUUUAGUCUCAUGUAUUGGCUUCAUUGGGUUGCUGGCGAUUCCCCACCCCGGUUAUCCUGGACUUACCUACGCCAUGUUGUUUUUCAUCACCGCUGGCUUGUACCCAGCUAUUAUUGGAGUCAUUUCUUGGACUGCAAAUAACCUUGCGCCCUCGUGGAAACGAGCUGUCGGCAUGGCAUUCCUCAUGACAUUUGGCAACCUGGGUGGAGUAGUUGGCUCCAACAUUUUUCUUGCGCGACAGGCACCGGAUUAUUGGCUCGGAUACGGACUUUCCCUUGCUUUGGUUGUCGUUGCAAUUAUUGCAACGUUGACAAUGCGAGUCUUGCUACUUAGGAUCAACGCGAAGCGCGAUGCCAUGGACGAGUCCCAAGUUUAUGCUACAUACACUGAGAGCCAGCUUCUUGAAAUGGGAGACAAGAGCCCACUGUUUAGAUAUGUAGUUUGA